AUGGGAAAAGAUUAUUAUCAAAUUCUUCAAAUCACUCGAAUUGCUAACGAUAGUGAUAUUAAAUUAGCUUUUCGUCGAUUAGCACUUAAACUUCAUCCACGUAAAAAUACUGGUGAUCAUAAUGCAAUUUAUAAAUUUAAUGAUCUGGCUGAAGCGUACGAUGUAUUAAGUGAUCAUAAAAGACGAGCUAUUUAUGAUCAAUAUGGUAGUGAAGGUUUAAAAAAUGGUGUACCAAUAGGACCAGAAAAUGAAUGGAGUGAAGGUUAUGUAUUUCAUGGUAAUGCUGAUAAAAUAUUUCUAGAUUUUUUUGGUGGUGAUAAUCCAUUUGCAGAAUUUUAUACAAAUGCUGAUCAAAAUCGAAUGUUUAGUUUUGGUGGAAUUGAUGGUCGUGGUCGAAUGAAAAAAGAUUCACCAAUAAUACGUGAUCUUUUACUUUCACUUGAAGAUUGUUAUCAUGGUGCAAUAAAAAAAAUUAAAAUAAGUCGAAGAGUAUUAAAUGAUGAUGAUAUAACAUCAAGUAUUCGUGAAAAAAUUCUUUCAAUUACUGUUAAACGUGGUUGGUUACCAGGUACAAAAAUAAUGUUUGAAGGUGAAGGUGAUCAAGGUCCAAAUAAUAUUCCAUCGGAUCUUAUUUUUACUGUCAAAGAUAAACCACAUCCAACUUUUCAUCGUGAUAAUACAGAUCUUAUUUAUACAGCUAACAUUAGUUUAGGACAUGCAUUAAUUGGUAUUACAUUACAUAUUGAACAUCUUGAUGGACGAUUACUUGAUAUACCAAUUAAUGAAAUAGUUAGACCUGGAUAUAAAAAACGUAUACCGAGUUAUGGUAUGCCAUUAAUGACAGAUCCAGAUAAAUAUGGAGAUUUAAUUAUUGAAUUUGACGUUGUAUACCCCUAUGGAUUAAGUCCGGAUCAAAAAUUAUAUAUUAAAGAAGCAUUAAUAAAUAAUCAAAAUAAUAAAAAGCAUCAACAACACAGUCAUAUUAAAAAAAAACAUAUGGCACAUGGGGAAUAA